GUUAAAACGAGCCGUAAGUCUAAACACGACAUUUAGAUUCCUUACAACUGCGUUCUCCACUUCUCGGCGUCCCUUUUCAUCGUUUCUCUUCACACGUGGAAUAGUUUAUUUCACAACUUUCACCACCAAUGUGAACAAACAAACGAGAAAAACCGAAAUUAAAAAAUCAACCGAUUUAUUGUUUGCGCUGAUGAAUCUGUUAUAUUUUUAAUUGCUCGUUAUUGUAUUUUUAGAUUCUAAGCUGCACAAUUUAAAUUGUUUUUAUACUCGACGACUUUGAAGUCUUCUGCCGUCAUUAAAUCGUUGAAGGAUCGCUAUAGCCAACCGAUCUUCGUUAUUCCUCUUACUCCGUUCAUUUUGUUCCCGUUUUCUAAUUCUCUAAAAAAUUUUACUUUUAAUUUCACAAUUGUUUCUGUUGUCCAACAUCAUGAACUCGCCUAAUAUUUUCAAAAACAAAAGAAAACAGCAAACAAAAAUUUCAUCUUUGUUCUACAAACGAAAGAAAACGUCAAGUUCGCGAUCAUCUCCUUCAAAGGUCAGUGCAAAAAGCGAUGUCGUGAAUACAGAUGGACAUACGCCGUUACAACCUUUACCCUCUUUUUACCCUGCUAUUCGAUGCAGAAGCGCCGAAGAUGUGCAAAAAGCAAUAGAGUAUUUGCAUAAAAACAUGUUUGACAAGCAACAAGUGUUCACCAAACAAGCCGACACACUUGUAGUAGCCUGCCCGGCAGUGGUUGUUGAGUCACAACUAAGUGGGUUAUUCCAAAAUGACUUCACUACUGUUUCACAGAAUCUCAGUUUGCUACUGAAGAAAGGCUCCCUAAAAAAACUCUAUAUCAAGCGAUCCGACAAUUUCCCCGGUGAGGCUUGCUUAAUUAAGACAUCUACUUUCGAGGGGUAUCUUGAUAAAAUUGCUCAAACGUUAGUUGAAGACGAAGAGAAAAAAGUGAUUCAAUCGUUUCAAGAAGCCUCCAAAGAAUUUCAAGGUUGUACCUUUCCCAUUCAAAAUUUACCCUUUUCCGAUCAAGAGCGCCGUAUCCUCAUUAAGCUUGGUUUACUUAUCCUCGCAGGACCCAGUACAUAUGGCGUGUCACUGCCAACAAUAGGUGUAUUCACUCAGAUGCUCCAGUACAGUCGGCAAGACAUUGUUCGAUACUUAAAGAAACGACCAUAUGGGGAAGCUCUUGAAUGUGAUAUUGUCCAAAGAAACACAACCGCAUCAUUUAAAGGGAAAAAUACGCCAACGUUUAGUUGGGAAUUCCGAAUUUGUGAUGCCAUUGGUUGUGGGAUCGUAGAUGCCUUUAUGACAAAUUGUGGUAAAGCUUUAAGACUCACUCAAAAGGGUCGCUCUUUUUAAACAAUUUGAUUGAAAAUACAUCUUGAUGACUUUGGACUGACUGUAAACUUUUUAAUAAAUCAAUUCUUUCUUCUUGUUGCUGAUUUGCGGAAGGCACGGAAAAUCAUGAAUGUGAUUACUGAAUUAAGGGCGAAACGUAAUAGCCAAUGCAAUUGUUCACAAAUUGUCAGUAAAGAUUUUUGUCCCAAUUAUCUAAUCUUUCUACUUUUGAUUGUUAAAAUUCUCAUGCAGUUCUGCAAGAUGUUUUACCAUUACUUUCCUACAUAUCUUAUUCAUUAAUCUGUCAUCAGCGCAAUGUAUAAACUAAUCACCAACCAUAAACUUUGUAGUGUUAGUUCUUUAAACACAUGAUAGCGAAGCAAAAUGGCUAAUAUAAUUUCUCUUUGAUUCACACUUCAAAA